AUGUGACGUUGCCGUUGCCAUUUAUUUAUUUCUGGCUUCAUGCUUCAUAGUUGUUGGAACGUGGUUGGAACAGACAUAUGUAUAGGAAUAUAGGAAGAUAUAAUAACUAUAUCUUUAUAUUAUAAAAGUUACAUAGAUUAGUAUAAUAUUUCAUCACCUUGAAUAAAAAUCUUUCUAUUUAUAAUGCCGACAAUUGGAGUUAAUAGGGAUUUAUUAUUUAAAUCCUUAGGGAAAACUUACACUGAUGAUGAAUUCCAGGUCCUUUGUUUUGAAUUCGGUUUGGAACUAGAUGAAGUGACAACAGAAAAGCAGAUGAUAACAAAAGAACAAGGAGAAGAUCGACAGGUUACAGUUAAUGCUUCUGAAGAUGUAAUAUAUAGGAUCGAUAUCCCGGCUAAUCGUUAUGAUCUACUUUGUUUAGAAGGAUUGGUUCAAGGAAUUCUAGUAUUUCAAGGAAAAGUUUCUCCUCCUAAAUUCCGUGCUACUAAACCAGCAGAGGGAUCAUUAGAAAAACUAAUAAUAAAGCCCGAUACUGCAAAAAUACGACCCUAUGCCGUGUCAGCUAUACUUAGAAACAUUACAUUUGAUAAAGACAGAUAUAACAGUUUCAUAGAAUUGCAAGAUAAGUUGCAUCAUAACAUUUGCCGAAAACGUUCAUUGGUUGCUAUUGGUACACAUGAUUACGAUACUAUUAAGGGGCCUUUUAUUUAUGAUGCUAAGCCACCAAAAGAUAUUCGGUUUGUACCUCUUAAUCAAGAAAAAGAAUUCUCUGCUGAAGAAUUAAUGACAUUGUAUUCGACCCAUGCUCAAUUAAAACAGUACCUACCAAUAAUAAAGGAUAGUCCAGUAUACCCUGUAAUUACAGACAGUAACGGUGUUGUUUUGUCUCUACCACCAAUUAUUAACGGAAAUCAUUCAAAAAUUACAUUGGACACAAAAAACGUUUUUAUUGAGUGUACAGCCACUGAUUUGACAAAGGCAAAAGUGGUUCUUGAUACCAUAGUGUGUAUGUUUAGCCAGUAUUGUUCUGAUUCACACAAUAUUGAGUAUUGUGAAGUUAUUAACCCUGACGGUACAUCAGCAUUGUAUCCAGAUCUAGAAUACAGGAGUGAAAAUGUUUCGGUCAAAAAAUCCAAUAAAAAAAUCGGAAUAAAUGAAUCUCCGGAGAAUAUUGUUCACUUAUUGUCUAAGAUGUGUCUCACAACUGAGUUAACAAAUAACUCAGAUAUUGUAAAAGUUACCAUCCCACCUACAAGACAUGAUGUACUACACGCAUGUGAUAUCUAUGAAGACAUUGCUAUUGCUUAUGGUUACAAUAAUAUUAAAAGAACCUUUCCUAAAACAAAUACCGUUGGCCAGCAAUUUUCAAUAAAUAAAUUAACAGAUUUAUUAAGAUAUCCUAUAGCUGAAGCUGGAUUUACUGAAGCUUUAACUUUUACCUUGUGUUCAAGAGAGGACAUAUCUACAAAAUUAGGUAUAGCGUCUAUAGAUAAUGUACCAGCCGUGCACAUUUCUAAUCCGAAAACAUUGGAGUUUCAAGUUUGUCGUACAACGCUUUUACCUGGUAUCUUAAAAACAAUAGCAGCCAAUAAGAAAAUGCCAUUGCCAUUAAAAAUAUUUGAAGUCGCCGAUGUAGUUCUCAGAGAUUUGGACACAGAGGUUGGUGCCCGAAACGAGAGGAGAAUAUGUGCUGUAAACUGUAAUACAAAUGCAGGUUUUGAAGUUGUUCAUGGUCUUCUUGAUAGGAUAAUGUUACUUUUGGAAGUUCCAUGGUCACGUAAGAAGAAUUCAGUUGGUUAUUACUUACAAACUGCUAAUGAUCCAGCAUACUUUCCAGGAAGAUGUGCAAAUAUAAUUUGCCACGGAACUUCUAUAGGAAAGAUUGGCGUAUUGCAUCCAGAUGUGUUAAACAAAUUUGAACUUACAAAUCCGUGUUCGGCUUUAGAAAUAAAUAUUCAAUCAUUUAUUUAAUUCUACAUAGUUGAAUUAAAAAACUACACUCUGUUGAAGUUUAUUUUUUAAAUAAAAUAUUUUUAAUUGAG